AGUAGAAAAACUACAAUCUGCAGGUCACCGUUAGGAAACGGUUCUGUCCAGUUUUCUGUCUGCCAGCAGGCAGCCAAAAUGUUGGCCAUCCUGUUUGGACUGUUUUUACUCCUCUGUGACCCGGUCUGUGGCGUUUUUCAGAAACUGUACUGCUCCAUAUCAGACAGCUGUGACUGUGACUUUAAACCGAAUAUCAGAGACUUGGAGUGGGACCUCUACAAGAAUGUCUACGGACAACACCUGGCCCAGGACGUCGUGUCAGAGGAGGUGGCAAAGUUCCUUCAGAAUAAAAGCCCCGAUCGGCCCCUGGUGCUGUCCUUCCAUGGCUCCUCUGGGACAGGGAAGACGCUGGUCAGCUCCAUGCUGGGGAAUCACCUGUACGGCUCAGCCAUGAGCAGCCCAUAUGUCCACCAGUUUGUCCCCACACUGCACUUCCCUUCACCUGAGCGGCUCAGUGAGUACAGGGAGGAGUUGAAGAGCUGGGUGCAGGGGAACCUGACGGAGUGCGCCCGCUCCAUCUUCAUUUUUGAUGAGAUGGAGAAGAUGCCCUCAGGUCUCAUCGAUGUCCUGGAGCCCUUCCUGGGUCCUUCACAUGCUGUGUUUGGCACCAACUACCGCAAGGCCAUCUACAUCUUCAUCAGCACCACAGGAGAGGAGGUGAUAAACAAACUGGCUGUGGAGAACCGGCAGGCUGGACGGGACCGAGAGGAGAUCAGGUUGGCCGACCUGCAGGAAGCCAUCGCACAGGCAGUUUACAACAACAACACAAGCGGCUUCUUCCAGUCCAGCAUCAUCCAGCAGAAGCUCAUCACCUGCUUCGUUCCCUUCCUGCCGCUGAGCCGACACCACGUCGAGCGCUGCGUCCGCUCGCAGCUUUGUCAGCAGGGCAACUGUGGCCGCACUGACGUGGUGGAGGCGGUUGGGAGCAACAUGAUCUACACUCCCGUCCAGGGACAGUAUUUCUCCUCUACCGGCUGUAAGGCCGUCCCUGCCAAAAUCAACUUCUUCCUGUGAGCUGAGGGGAAACUUGAUUUAAGGACUGCAAGGGAAACUCCUGAGGGGAGUCAGUGAAAAGAGACAGAGUCUGAGUCCGUCUGAAUCAGAGGCCGGAGCAGCAUCUCUGCACCAGGCACAGAUUCAGAGUCAAGGAUGCCUCCUGCACCUGGAAUCAAAAGGGAAUCGAACACAUAACCUUCUGGAUUCAGAGCAGUUUUGUGCUGUCCCUGCUGAGUCUCCCUGAAGACGUCGUUGCUUUAGCAGUCGGUACACGUCCACUUGUGAGCACAGGGAACUUUAUUCAUGCCACGCUCUACCUCAAGCCCAACUCUGCCUUUCAUUUAUGAACUUGCAGUUGGUACAGUGUGGUGGGAGAUUUCAGAGGCUGCAGCUCGAGGUCAUUACUUGUUUUUUACUUUCACACUACUUGAAGUUUAUUUUUUAAGUUCAUUAUUUAUCCAGUCUUAAUUUAUCUUUAUCUCAACACCAUCAUCUUUUCAUUCAUAUGGUCACUGCUGGAAACACCUGGAGGUUUGAUGCCUUGCUCACCUGUUAGCUGGCUAACACCCGUGGAAACGAGCCCAGUCUCUUUUCUCAUUGAUGCAGAUUUUCUGCUUUGUUCACAGUUUCAGAGUCUCACUAAAAAAGGUCAGAGGUUCAGAAUUUCCUUUGUGCAGUAGUAAAUGACUGAGGGAGUUCAUGUUUUGCUGAUGUCAGGUAAAAAUCUUGCAUCUCUAAAAUGGCAACUUUAUUUAAAGAGAGCUGGAAAGAACUCAACUUUGAAACAGUAGAAAUAAUGAAGAAUAUGAGAAAUACAAGCCACAACAUGAUAAAUGUUUACCAAUAUAAUGUAACUAAAUACAAUAAUGUUGCCAACACAACAUGUGACUUUUAGUUUUAAUCAUCCCACAUGGGUUGUACCAAGCUACAUCCAGUAGGUGUUGAACAUGUUCAUUGUCGAGUAUUUUUCUAAUGGCACUGAAAGAUCUAUCAAGCCAAACUGAGGUCCUGCUUUAACAGAGCCAAGACUAGUAAAUGAAAGGAAGCAGAAGACAGAUUUUACUUGAAAAUAAAGUCUCUGUUUGCAGUGGUCUGCAGGUACUUUGGGAGCACAUGACCACUUCUGCCAUCAGGUGGCAGUAAAGACUUUGUUUUGCCAAGCAGGGAAGAGGUGAAGCAGAGUUCACCUGCAGCUCAGUGCUUUGUUAUUAAAUUAAUCUCAUAAGUGACUUCUGUAGAAAAGAUAUUGUUUUAUUUUGUUUGACUGUAAAAUAUGUUUAAACACUGAAAGUGCACUUUACUUUUAUGGAGGGCAACAUGGACCUGACGGAUUAUUGAGAUAAAGAUCAGUGUGUUUCACUCCAUCUUUGUGAGGGAGGUGUGUGAUGAUCGCCAGGAUGAACUUAAAUUAUUAAGUGUUUAUUACAAGAAAUUAAUGACAAAUAAAAUGAAAUAAACAAAGUGCAGUAGAUGAUGGAUUCCUCUCUUCAGUCAGUGUGAAGCAGUCCACAGAAGAUUCAAUCACUUUCCAAAUGAGAUCAGUUUUCAGAUUUAUUUUCCUUCUUCCACUCAGCUCAUGUUUUCAGCUCAUUACUGUGGGAAUCAACCUGCAGAGACGUGUCCUCAGCUGCUGUUAUUCCUGUGAUGCUCUAACGACUGUCCACAGAGGAACCUCCACCAGACUCCAGGCAAACAUCAUCAUUUAUUUGCAUGCAGACUUCACUGGACAGUUAGUGAGGUUUUUUUUUUUUACGUCACUGGUGAUUAGACUCUUCCCCUGCCAGUGGAUAAAUUAUCACUAUGAGAAGCAGCUGUUAUCUUUCAGGUUGUUUGUGGAUGAGUCUGGCAUCUUCCAGUGUUCUGGACGUUUUCAGCCUCGGCCCUGAGGUGCCUGAAGCUUGCUCUGAAACAAAAGGCAGCUUCUGCUCUUACAGUGUAAAUUAAAAAUAAACAUUUUAAAUAAACAACA